AUGAAGAAAGCAGAAAUAAUUAGAAUAGUACUAUUGCUUUGUCUAAUAGGAUGUAUUCAGUGCACUGAACAAGACAAGGAGUUUUGGAGCACUGCAAACACUUAUGAUGAGAAAAGUAUAAUGUACUUUGAGAAAUUAGCAGAGAACACAAAUGGAAAUAAAGAAGUAAAGGUACUGGACAUAGCCCAGUACAGCACAGAAUUUAUGAAAAAAUUACAGAACCUAAAGCCAAAUGCAUACACACCACACCAGAACAUAUUUGUUACAUCAAAUGCACAAAGUAGAGAUACUGUGGAAAUAGGGCAUAAAAGACUAGAGAAACUGAUUCGUGCAAUGCUUAAGAUAAGAACCAAAACAUUUCAUUUUUACAACUUGAGUCUUAACAAAGAUCCACAAGAUGAGAUAAAGUAUUCACAGGAGGUUCUUUAUACAAGCCUAAAGAGCUUAAUAUUGGAUGAAAAAAAUGAAAUGCGGUUGAGUGAUUUAUAUGCAGCAAGAAAGGAGUACAAUUCUCGAUUAGAAAGCAUUAAAAAGGAAUUAAAGAAAAAAAUAGAAAAUAAAAAAAAGAAACUCUUCCUGCGCAAGGAAGUUCUGAAAGGGUUUCUUCUAAAAAAACACAGUCAGAAAAAUAUAAAUACAAAAAGAUGGAUCAGAUUGAGCUUCAUCCCAAAAAGCAUCCGAUUUUUGCGAAAACACUAG